AUGACUUCACUCGAUUUUGCUGCAAGCAAUCAUUUAGCAACAGGUUCGAAUGGGUUAUCAUCCUUCGAUUUCGAUUCAUCAACACCCAUACAUUCCGUGUCGAAUCACAUUUUCGAUAGCUCUUCCUCUACUUCGACUCAUCCUCCAUCCUCAUCGACGACCACUGGUGUUGUAGCCUCCUCAACCUCCACUGCCACCACCACCACCUUCGAAGAUACUCUCUAUUCUCCCAUUUCUGAAAAGGAAGGCAACAAGUACUACAAAGGAUUCAAACGCACCCAUAAAUCACAGAAUGGUCAAGUGUUGAGAGAGCAAAUGUUUUGGAUUGGCGAUUUUAUUCAAUUCUCCAUUGUCAGCAAUCCCAAUGAACCUCCAAAUGUUCAUGAAGGUAGAAUUUUAAGUAUUUAUACAUGUACUUUAUUUCCAAAUAUCAAAAAGUGUAAAGUACAAAUGCUUCACACUCAACCACAACUCAAGGGAGAAUUGGGUCUUCUCGGAAUGGACUCAUUACCAAAAGAAAAUUCAGCACGACGUUUUAUGACCAAUUCAGAAGGUGAAAUAUUUCUUCAUACCAUUAUUGGAAGAGUAUUUGUGGUGAGAGAUGCCAAAGAAUUGAAAGAACGAUGUGGAUUUUAUGUGAAGGAUGAUCCUCAUGUGAAUACCUUGGAUCAAGAUUGUUAUUCAAUGACUCGGUUAUUCAAUUCCAAUCCAAACUCGAACUCGACGUCGAUUCUGAAUCCUAAUACUCAUUCAAAUCCUAAUAAUAGUAAUAAUAGUAGUAGUAGUAAUGUGGUUCAACUUCGACCUCAAAUUUCCAUUUCUGAUUCCACACCUCAUUUAACCUUCUCAUGGACCAUGAAAGAUUUCAAAACAUCUUCAACCUCACUCUAUAAUUAUUAUACAUCCUGUGUGAUCCGUGGAGAGAGCCAUACAACUCCUAAUAAUACUCAUAGCAGUGGUGGUGGUGGUGGUAGUUGCCAUGGAAUGGUCCUUCUCUCUGUUGGAAAUGUUUGUACUUUGGAGGUGAGAUCAUCUUGCGCAACAACAACAACAACAGCAACACCACCAUUCAUGAAUCAAUCCUCUUCUCUCACUUCAAUGCUUCCAUCAUCUCAAACAACCUCAGCAACAACCUCAGCAACAACCUCAACAACAACACCAUCCAUUCAUCCUGUAAAGAUAUUGAUGGGACGUAUUUCUAAAAUGUUUGAAGAAAAGUCCAAUACUUUUGCCAAGUAUUUUGCGAUUGAGGAAAUUCAAGUGAAUAGUAGCAGCAGUAGUAGUGGUGGUAGUAGUAACAAUGGUUCGAAUCGAAAAGUAUCUAUGAUGAGUUAUACGGGUUGUGUAAAGACAGUCUCCAUUCAUGAUAUCCUCUCUGUAAAGAAGCAAUUGUUAUAA